AUGGGGAACGCUGCGAGUUGGCUGACGCAGUCGCUGUGCCCGGAAGAGCAGGCGCUGUGGGUCGCAGCCAAGAGCGGCGACCUCGUGACGCUGCGACAAGGACUCGAGCGGCUCACACCCGAGACGCGCGUCCACGCCGAGUGGCGGGAUCCCGUCUACGGCUACUCGCCGCUGGCCAACGCUUGUUCGCAGGGCCAUUUCCACUGCGCGCAGACGCUGCUGGCGUACGGUGUGAACUGCAACGUUAGGGACUCGCAGGGCAAUACGCCGCUGCACAUUGCCACGUCCUGUGGAAAGAGUGAGAUCGUGCGGCUGCUGCUGGAGACGCCCGCGGUGGAUUGUUUCGCCAAGACGUCUGUGAAAGCGCAGACGGCGCUGGACAUUGCACGUCAAGGGUACAAGGCCUCGGACGGACGCGAGCUGCAGUUUAUUCAGUGUGUGGAGCACAUUGAAAAGAAACUGUGCCUCUACUCGGGCUGGCUGUAUGAACGGUCGGACAACUUUUUGUCGAUUGCAUCGGGCAUUUCGAGUUUGGAUUCGUGGAAGAAAAGGUAUGCAAUGGCCUUGCAGACUGGUGCGAGGGAUGUCAUUGAGAUCGAUUUGUUUCCGAUGAAACCUGGUGAGCGACGUCCGCCUGUUCCGAGUUUGGAGCUCAUAUACCGCAAGAGUGACGGCAUACAGGAGAGCGAUGACGCUACUUGGCUCAAUCGAAAGGAGUUUCGCAUGUCAUUGAAGGUUUCAAGGAAGCUGGGCUCCAGUCGUGCGUCUGCUGUUCAAUCAAUGGAUUUUGCUGCGGCCAACCAAGGCGAACUUGUUGCAUGGAAGACGUUCUUAGCAACCUUGCAGGUCAAUACUCCAGCAAGGUCGAUAACGACCGCAUCGAGAGAUGAUGACAGUCGACGCGCUCAUUCUUCUCAGCCUGUUACAUGUUGCGUCUCGAGUAGCAGUCCUACUGAGGCCGCAAUGCUGCAGGAACAACGCGAUUUGAAACGAGCUCUGCAACUGUCGCUUGAGGAAGCUCGACGGCAGUCCAGAAUCCAGUCAUCGCCAUCUGCCCCGCCUCCGUCCGACACAAUGCUUGAAACGCUGAAUAGUUCUGCAACGGUUGUAGGUCCCGAUGGGGUAGAGAUUGUGCAGCUUCUUCGAGACGAUGGUUUGGCCGUUGCCGAUCGCACAUUAUCGCCAGCUGUUGCCCCGAAUUCUCCGGUGAAGAGUGCUUUCGGACAGAACGCAGAAGCUCAACGCGACGAUGAGUGUGUCAUUUGCUUUGACGGACCUCAGGAGGCAGUCUGCGUUCCGUGCGGUCACAAUGCUGUGUGUAUGGGCUGUGCACAGGAGCUUCUCGACACCACUCGACUCUGCCCGGUGUGCCGGCAGCAAGUUAGGGAGGUAAUUCGUCUCUAUCGUGUGUGA